AUGAGUAGCUGCUUCAACGGUGGCGCCGGCUGGCCGGAGCCCGUGGUGCGCGUGCAGGCCGUGUCGGACACCUGCGGCGAGACAAUACCCGAGCGGUACGUCAAGCUGCCGUUGGAUCGGCCGUCGGCGACGACCCUCCAACCGGCGGUCUCACAUGGCGGCGGCAGCCUAAACAUCCCGGUAGUGGACAUGUCAAUGCCGGACUCGGACGAGACAGUCCGUGCCGUGGACGCCGCGUGCCGGGAGUGGGGGUUCUUCCAGGCGGUGAACCACGGCGUGAGUCCUGAGCUGCUGCGGCGGGCGCGCUCGUCGUGGCGCGGUUUCUUCAGGCAGCCAGCCGAGGUGCGCGAGCGGUACGCCAACUCGCCGGCGACGUACGAGGGCUACGGCAGCCGUCUCGGUACCACCAAGGGUGGACACCUCGACUGGGGCGACUACUACUUCCUGCACCUCCUCCCGCCGUCGAUCAAGAGCCACGACAAGUGGCCGUCCCUUCCGUCCACCCUACGGGAGGCGACGGAGGAGUACGGCGAGGAGGUGGUGAAGCUGUGCCGGAGGGUAUCAAAGGUGCUGUCCAAGGGGCUGGGACUCGACGGCGGGAGGCUGCAGGCAGCGUUCGGCGGGGAGGGCGGCGAGGGGGCAUGCAUGAGGGUUAACUUCUACCCGAGGUGCCCGCAGCCGGAGCUGACGCUGGGCGUGGCGGCGCACUCGGACCCCGGCGGCAUGACCAUGCUGCUCGUCGACGACCACGUUCGGGGGCUGCAGGUGAAGAAGGAUGGCCAGUGGAUCACCGUCGACCCGGUCCCUGACGCCUUCAUCGUCAACGUCGGAGACCAGAUCCAGGUAUAUACACACGUGCCGCGUACUACGGAAGUACGUUACGUGUAUGUGGCAGGGACGCGCAUACGUACAGGCGACAGCGUACACAUAUGGUAUACGCACCCGUGA